AAAUAUAAGAGAGAUUGUCCUGAACAGGUUUCUGAUGGCAGUGGUCUGGUUUAGUAGGGUUUAUGUCAGACUGGAAUAAAUUGAACAGAAGCAGGUUUAAGCGUCAAAUACUCAGCUGCUUUAGGUGUUUACUGCACUGAAAUGGGAUCAGAAUGGCAUUAACAGUGUGUAAUUUGAUUGAACAAAGUUUGGUGUUUCUGUCAUUUUGUCACACGACAUAAAUACAAAAGAAACAGGAAGUAAAUAACUUGCAGACAAACUGAACACAAACGUUCAACAUUUUAUGCACACACACACACACACACACACACACACACACACACACAAUGUGUGUUAGCAGUGCUGUCAAACGAUUAAUCACAUCCAAAAUAAAAGUUUUUGUUUACAUAAUAUAUGUGUACGUUCUGUGUAUAUUUAAUGUAUAUAAAUAUACACACAUGCAUGUAUAUAUUUUGAAAAUAUUUACAUGCAUUUACAUGCAUAUAUGUAUAUUCAUAUACUUUAUAUUAUUUAUAAAUAUAUUUAAUAUAUAAACAACAUAUUUUUCUUAAAUAUGUACAUGCAUGUGUGUGUAUUUACAUAAUAAAUAUACACAGUAUACACAUAUUAUGUAAACAAAAACUAUUUUGAAAGCGAUUAAUUGUUUGACAGCACUAGUUUUUAAUGAUUAAUUUUACGGUUGAAUUGGGACAAUGCUACGAAUAAGUCAAACUUUAUUUUGUUUUUUAAAAUUAUAUGUUUAAAACAAAAAGAUUUGUCCCUCUCAGGAGAAUUACAACUUUCUCAAAUAUUUGUGUGCAUAUUAGGAAAUUCGAUUAUAAAGGACGGUUCUUCAUUUAUCUCAGUGUGAAUCAAUUUGUAAAAAAAAAAAACUGUUUAAACAAAAAAAAAAAAAAAAAAAAAUAGAAAACCAAUAAUAUCUUACUGUCCUUUCAAAGUAUUCAGUGUCCAGUGUAGCCACCUUCUUUUCAAUGACUUUCAUGAGCCGCCUAUCCAUACAAUUAGUCAAUGUCUUGAUUUGUUCUCGAUCAGUUGUAGCUGAUGCAGCCACCACAGACUCAGAGACGCUGUUCAAAGAGGUGUAUUGUUUUCCUUCACUGUAAAUCUCACGCUUGAGAAUGGCCCACGAGUUCUCAACUGGGUUCAAAUCACUUGAGGAAGAGGGCCAGGACAUUAUUCUGUCAUCUUUGAAGCCUUUUCUGGCAGUCGAUCAGUGGAAUACUUGGCUACAUGUGAUGGAGCUUUUGUCCUGCAUAAAGAUCAUGGUCUCUCUGGACGCUGCUGACUCCAUCAGUGAGCCAACCACAGGCCAGCGUCUGGUCCAUCAAGAGUUACUCUCAUUGCACCGGUCCAUAAAACCUUUGAAAAAUUGGUUUCCAUGUAUUUCUAGGCCCAAUCUAGACUCUUCAGCUUGUGAUUUUGUUUGUCAGCUUUCUUUACCUUAGCAAACUCUCUGGGAACCAAGCAUCUGGUACUUCUGGAGACUCCAGGGAGGUUGCAGUUCUGGAAAAUGGUGGCACUGGAGUGAAUUCUACGCAGAUAUUUUGCUGUCAAUCUGCGCCUUUUAUUCUCAACACAUUUUUUGCAACACUGCUGACUAUUGUUGACGAACCGAUUGAUUGUCUGAUGGUCAUGCUUUAUUAGUUUGUAAAUUUCCAGAGAACUGCGUUUUUCUGAUAGGCAUUUUACAAUUUUUGAUGUUUCAGCAUCAGUUAAGUCUCUCUCUUUUUUUGCCCAUUUUUACCCAUAACAAACAUCUGCCUAAUUAUGCACAUCUGAAUUUAAGUUUUUGCCACUUUAAGCCACACUUUCCCUCAUUAAUGUGGUUUGGAACUGGAAACAUGUUAUUGGGGAAAAAAUAUAUUAUCAGAAUAUCCACUUGCAUAAUAAUUAUGUACGCAAUAUAUAUGUAUAUACUGUAUAGUUGUUGUUGUUUUAUUGGGGGUAUAUCUGCUUUGUACUGUCUUUAAUCUAAACAGCAGGUCAUAGGUCAGAUUGUUCAGUGAGUUCAUGAGUCACUGUGUUUCAAAUGAAUGAUUGUGUUUCUCUCACUAUCAAUUCUUACAUGAGAUUUAACCAAUUUAAUAUAAAUAUUGAUUUAGUUGUCAUGAUCUAAUUUGGUUUUACGUCUAAAAAAGAGAAAAUAACUUUUACUGUAAAAUACAAUAUUUUUUCUUGAAAAGGUUUGAAGAGAUAAAGAACGAUGGCAGAAUCUUCACCAACAUCAACAAAAGCAAGAGAAAACAGGAGACGAAGUACUGAAAGUUUACCUCCAUUAAUGUCAUCCUCCAUUAGUUCACUGUCUGAGGAGAUUCAGUGCUCGAUAUGUCUGGAGGUGUUCACUGAUCCAGUCACGACUCCAUGUGGACACAACUUCUGCAAGAUCUGUCUGAAUAAGUGCUGGAACAACAGCCAGACCUGCAGCUGUCCAUACUGUAAAGAAACAUUCAAGCAAAGACCUGAUCUCAAGAUUAAUACCACACUCCGAGAGCUCGUAGAUCACUAUAAGAAGAAAAGUCCUGAGAAAACAGCUGAAGUUCUGUGUGACGUCUGUGAGGAAAGAAAGCAGAAAGCCCUGAAGUCGUGUCUGGUGUGUCAGAGCUCUUACUGUGAAACUCAUCUGGAGCCUCAUUUGAGAGUGACAGGUUUGAAGAAACACAAACUGAUGGAUCCUGUGAGUAAUCUGGAGGACUAUAUAUGUCAGAAACAUGAGAGACCUCUGGAUCUGUUCUGUAGAGAUGAUCAGACGUGUGUGUGUUCGAUCUGCUCUGUGACAGACCACAAGAACCACAACACUGUUCCUAUAGAAGAGGAGAGUGAAGAGAAGAAGACUGAACUGAUGAAGACACAGAAAGACGUGCAGCAGACGAUCCAGAACAGAAUCAAGAAGAUUCAAGACAUCAAACACUCAGCAGAAGUUAGAAAAAGAAACACAGAGAAGGAGAAAGCAGCCCGUGUCGAGCUCUUCACUGAUCUCAUCCGCUCCAUUGAGAGAUGUCAGACUGAACUGCUGGAGAUGAUGGAGGAGCAGCGGAAAGCAGCAGAGAAACAGGAGCAAGAGCUGAUUGAAGAGCUGGAGCAGGAGAUCACUGAGCUAAAGAUGAGAAACACUGAGCUGGAGCAGCUCUCACACACUGAAGAUCACCUCCACCUCCUACAGAUUCACUCAUCCCUGUGCAGCCCUAGAAACACCAGGAACUGGCCUGAGAUCAGUAUGAAGACUCAUGAGAGUCUGGAGACUCUGAGGAGAGCUCUGAACCAACUGAAGGACACUAUAGAUGACAAACUCACACAAACUGUCUCUACAGAGCUGAAGUGGAUGCAGCAGUAUGCAGUGGAUGUGACUCUGGAUCCUGAUACAGCUCAUCCUGAACUCAUUCUGUCUGAUGAUGGAAAACAAGUGAGACACGGAGACAUUAGACAGAAACUCCCAGACAAACCAGAGAGAUUUGAUACAUGUGUCUGUGUCUUGGGAAAGGAGGGAUUCUUCUCAGGGAGAUUUUAUUUUGAGGUGCAGGUGAAGGGAAAGACUGAUUGGGAUUUAGGAGUGGCCAGAGAAUCCAUUAACAGGAAGAGACAGAUCACAGCAAGCCCCAGUGAUGGAUGCUGGACUGUGAUUCUGAGGAAUGGAGAUGAAUAUAAAGCCUGUGAUGAUCCUCCUGUCUCUCUGUCUCUGAGAGUGAAGCUGCAGCGGGUCGGUGUGUUUGUGGAUUAUGAGGAGGGUCUGGUCUCCUUUUAUGAUGUGGAGUCCAGCUCUCAUAUCUACUCUUUCACUGCUCAGUCUUUCACUGAAAAACUCUAUCCAUUAUUUAGCCCAUGCUUUAAUGAUGGAGAUAAAAACUCAAGCCCACUGAUCAUCACACCUGUCAAUUAUAAUAAAUGAAUUUACUCAAUUAUCAAAUGCAAGAUUAAAAUAAUGAAUUUUAUAAAUACAAAUCUGGAAACAUUAUGUGCUGCUAUUUUUUAUCAUUUGUUUUUCAAUUUUUAAAAUCUAAAUUAUUUUAUUAUAUAUUUUUAAUGUAAAUAUAUAAUGCUUGUUCAGUAAAUGAUUAUUAUAAUUUUUUUUAACAUAAGUUUUUUGUUUACAGUCUUCCUUUAAUGGACAUUAAUAAAGACAAUAUUGCAAAAACAGUUUACUGUAAAGCUGUUAUAUUCCUGUUACACUCUAAAAAACGCUGGGUUCUUUUUUAACCCAGUUGCUGGGUUAUGCCUGCUGGGUCAUUAUGUUGGGUUAUUUUUCCAGUGUUGGGUAGUUUUGUGUGUAACCCAGCUGUUGGGUUAGUGGUUGGGUCAAUUUGACUGUAAUGUGAAAUUGUGUUGUGCUGUAAAUGAUUUUAUUUUACGCAACGCAACAUAGAGACGAGAUGUCAGUCAGCUAAAAGCGUCAGCAAUGGUCGUUUCGCAUGAUGGAAACGCCUUGCAUAACAUCAACUGAUUUUAUUCGUUAUAAUACUGCUUCUAAUUACUUUGGAUGAUAAAAUAUGUUCUCAAAACUCUGUACUAUUUAUUUAUGGACAGGUUAUGAAUUCAGUCUCGGCAUCUUUCAGCUACGAGUGAAAUGUGAGGCGGCGGUCUGAAGUUCGCAGGGGAAUAGUAGCCCAUCGCUGGCUCAGAUUUCAGCGAAAACCAGCACGAGAAUCGGCACUAUUUCGGUUAAAACUUAUAACAGACAACCGUUUAAUACACUUGAAUUAAAAUAGUAUUUUUAAAUGUUAUAUUUUUAUUUCUAAAAUGCUUGUUAAAGUAGUUUAAAUGUAUGCAAAGAAAACGGCAUAAUUCAAUUUGUCUUAUAUUUUUGUCAUUUGGUGUUUUCACUUAAUAAAUGUUCAAGUUUUGAUUA